AUGAAUGUUAUGUCUAUAAACAUUCGUGGGCUGGGUGGCAUUGAGAAAGGUCCGUGGAUUAGAGGUUUAAGAGUCGCUAACGAAGUGGGAUUCAUCAUGAUUCAGGAGACGCAAUUUUGUUCUUUAGAGGGUGUAAACGUUGGCACCUUUUGGGGUAACGGUUCUUUUGGUUUUGAAUGGGUUGGGGCUACAGGUCGUACAGGAGGUCUUCUGUCGAUGUGGGAUACAAAAAAGUUCGAGAUGACUUUGGUCGAGAAGAAUAGGUAUUUUCUUAUGGUCCACGGUACUCUCAAGGAAUCUCGGAAGGAGGUGGUGCUGAUAAAUGUGUAUGCUCCUCAAAAAGUAGUGGACAAAAGAAUUCUUUGGACCGAGUUGGAACGGCGUAUAGUCAAUGACCAGAGAUUUUGGAUCGUUGGGGGUGACUUCAACUGUGUAAGGGAUCGUGCUGAAAGACGGAACUCCAAAUUUUUACCCUCGGUUAGUUAUGAAUUCAAUGAGUUUAUAGACAAAGUUGGUCUCCACGAGUUUCAAUUAAAGGGGAGGAAAUUCACGUUCGUUUCGGGGAAUAAAUGUAGCCGUAUUGAUCGUAUUUUUGUAUCUUGGAACGGUUUGAACGAAUGGACGAAUGCGGAGUAUCGUGCUCUUGGUAGAGAGAAAUCUGAUCAUAGUCCGUUAGUUUUAAAGGUGGAGGCGCGUAAUUACGGAGCUAAACCCUUCCGUUUUUUUAAUUCAUGGUUGUCUAAAGAGGGGUUCGAAGAGAUUGUCGUUAAUGCAGCGAAAGAGUACUCAGGUUCGGGGCCUCCGGACGUGAAGCUUAUGGGCAAAUUCAGAAAGAUCCGUCAAGCCAUCGUGGAGUGGCGUAAGAAAGUAACGACCAUUGAACAAGAGGAGGAGCUCCAACUCAAGCAAGAUUUAAUUGAGCUGGAUUCUUUCAUUGAGGACAGGGAUCUUACGGAAGCCGAACAAUGGGUUUUUGAUGAGGCGCAUAAAAAACUUAGAGAAAUUGAAACCGGUAAAGCGAAAGACAUUCGCCAAAAAUCUAGGGUGAAAUGGGCGAAGGAGGGCGACGAAAACACGGCGUUCUUUCAUGGUAUGAUUAAUAAAAGGAAGACGUGUAAUAAUAUCCCGGGAUUAAUGAUCGAUGAUGCAUGGGUUUUUAAGCCCUCGGAGGUGAAGAAACAUACCCUCCGAUUUUUUAAGGACCGUUUUGUAGAAGAUAUGUGUAUUCGGCCAAAGUUGGUGUGCCACGACCUUAAAUGUUUGACGGAAUUAGAGGCUGUCGAGCUAGUUAAGCCUUUCAAUGUCAAUGAAAUUAAAGAAGCCAUCUUUGAUUGUGGUAGCGAUAAGGCCCCGGACCCGGACGGGUUCAACUUCCGUUUUGUUAAACGGUUUUGGGAUUUGUUCGCCGAUGAUUUCGUGGAAAUUAUGUCUUACUUCGUGGUACCGCCCUAUAACGCUUAUGUCUUACUUCGUGGUACCGCCCUAUAA